UCGUGAAACUUGUUGUAUUCACAGGAAUGCCGCCACCUGGGCCUCUUCCAGCAUUAUUUCCACCACCAGUUGUGCCCCCUCCAUCAUUACUUAUGCCAACCAUAGACGGUGGUCCACCUCCAGGCUAUGACAACAGGCCACCUCCUUUAUUCCCCUAUAGUACUGCAGACUCUGGACUAAUUGGUUAUCCUGCUAUCUCUACAACACACACGUCCUGGAUGAACACAGUUGAGAAAAGUACCAACAGCCACUGGGAAUACCAAGGGCAUCGGCGAGAAAGAGAGCGAGAACAUGAUCGAGACAGAAAUCGUGAGCGAGAUCGUGGCCCAACACCAACAACAUCUGAAUACAGUAGCAGAGAACGUAACUAUGACAGAGACUAUCAUCGGAGCAGAGAUCGCAGUAGAGACCGAGAAGAUCGCCACAGGGAACGGCGGCACAAAGACAAAGAUGAUUCCAAGCACAAGUCCUCGAGGCGCAAACAACACGAGAGUGAGGAAGGAGAAAGUCACAGACGUCACAAACACAAGAAAAAUAAACGAAACAAAGAGGACAAAGAAGUUGGGGAUGAAGGUGCUGCAGAGACCGAGGGAACUGAAACUAAAGACUAACUGCUGAGUUGGUAGUCUUCAUUGGAGAAUACUACUCCUGAUGAACAGUUAGCUCUGAUGUUUUGGAUCAUUUCCUAUUGAAGUUGCAUUCACAGCACCUUUAAAAACAAAAAAAAACUAAAUGGACAGUAAUGCUGAAGAUGGCCUCUGCAUAAUAUUACAAUGUGAAGCCUGAUCCCACCUUUCUACGUAUUUACACUUGUCUUUUUUUUGUAAAAUGUGCUUGUAAAACAAAAAAAAUUAAAACAGUUUUUCUAAA